AUGGCUGCUGGAGGAGCCCGUGCCCAUUUUUCUCCAUCGAGCUUCCUGAUCGUUGUAACUGGGACAGUGGGUUAUGCCUUGGAAGCAGAAGUAUUCUUCCCUAGACAGAAAUUAUACUUGAGAAACUUGAGUGAAAAGAAAAUUUCAGAUGAAAAAGGAGCUGCUGAGAAAAGAACAAUGACUCUGAUUAAAAAGAAUGUCUGUCAUGAUUCUGUAUACAUAAACGCAGCUAAGAUUUUUCACAGCAUUCAUAAUAAAAAGCCAAAGGAUAGAAUGUUAGUGCAAUAUGGUGAUGACUCAGUAUCUCCCAUGCUGACUCUUAAAGAUGAGUAUUCCCAGCGUUUAUCUUACGAACUCGCUUUCAGUGCUCUGAAAUAUCAAGAUCUCCUUGAAGAAAUACUGCUAGAUAGUCAUGUUUACCCAUGUCAUUCAAUACCAGAUGAAUUAACCAGCCUGCUUCUUGUGAUGCUUUACGACCUGCAAGACAGAGAGUUUGAAGCACGAGUGAUAUCUGAUGAGGAGGAACCUAUAGCAGAAGUUCAGGAAAUAGAGAACUUUCUAUUCAGGUUUAGGAUCAAAUUGGCAGCUGCACUAGCAAGAUGUCGCAUCAAGCAUGAUGCUCUUUCAAUUGAACACUUUCUACCAGAAACUAUAAGGAAGCACGAACAAAGAGCUUCUGCCUUGCCUUUAUGUGCUUGGAUAAACACAUUGAAGACCAGCCUUCAAGAUGUCUUCAGAGAUCUGAAGAGUAAGGGAUUCACUGAAGUUGAAUCUGUGUCAGACUUCAGCGGUUACACAUACUGUUUGGACCAGCAUUGCCACAACGUCUUGUUUUUCCCUUCCUCUCUUAAAGACGAACUGCUUAAUUUAGAUCUAUUUGCAGAUUGCAAGCUCUUACUGCAGGAUAAGUCUCGCAGCCUUGCUGUACAUUCUGUGCAGGCGCUGUUGAGUACAGAUGAUGAUGUUAUUGUGGCUCACCUGGGUUCCCACCUCACCAUCGCUCAUCUGUCGGCACUGAGAAAUCACAGCAUGUCCACAGUUUUUGUUUGUGGUGUAAAAACUUCUGCAAAAGCAGCUGAACUGGGAGACUUGUUCAGUCACAUGGGAUGCAAAAAUAUUCAGUUGUUGCAUGAAGACUUCACUGAGAUUGAACCGAAAGAUCCCAGGCUUCAAAAUGCAAAAGUCAUUUUGUUGAUACCACAGUGCUCUGGGCUGAGUUUUAGUAAUCCAAUAGAUUUUAUUUUGACUGAACAUGGAGAUGCAGGAUUGCUGAAAGACCUCUACCAAGGAUCUGUGUCUAAGGAUAAACUCUGUAUUCUCGCUGAGAGGCAGCUGAAUGAGUUGAUGCAUGCAAUGAAAUUUCAAGUACAAUCUAUUGUUUACUGCACUUCUUCAGUUUACCCAGAAGAGAAUGAACAAGUAGUGCAAAAAGCACUGGAAUUUUGUGUGAAAGGAAAAAAACUAAAACCAUUCAGACUGAUUCCUCCUGUUCUUCCUGCUUGCUCCAACCCAGAGUCCUGCACUGAUUCUUUUUUCAAAAUAGAACCAUCGGAAAUUUCCAGCGGCUGUUUUCUGGCUGUUAUAGCAAGAGAGACAGACUCUUCCAAAAAUGUGUCCGCUAAAGAUAUUUUGUCUCAAGCUGCAGCAAAAGGACUACUACUAGACAGCAUUCUAGGUAAAUCAAAGGAAGAAGAGAAGCAAGAGAAAGUAGCACAACAUGGAAGUGAUGCUACUCAUACUCGCAUAGAGCCAAAGACUGCUGCAGUCCCUCACCUUGAAGCUGUAUCUAACAGGAAAGCUGCAGUUGUAGUAUCCAAAGUUGAAAGCAAACAAAAAAAAAAGAAUUCCAACCAACCAAGAGGUCACGUUCAGCUGAAGAAACCUACCAUCAACCCAGCUUCAGACAGAGGUGUUUCUAAAGUGCCAAAGCACACAUCUGUUGUCAAGGUGCACAGAAAGCAGACACAAGUUAGAAAGCCACGUGCAGAAUGUAAAAAAAUGGUCAAGCCACAUGCAGAAUGUAAAAAAAUGGUCGCAGUGAAGCUAGUGGAAAUAGUUUUCCCUCCAAUGAUAUCACCAUAUGGACAUCCGCAAGGAAACCAACGCAGGAUGCCAGCUCAUAUCUCUCUGCUCCAGUCCAGACAGAGGAAUAGAAGCUUGAGGGACAGAGAACCUCCUCCACCUGUGUCUAAAGUAGUCAAACCAACAGUGCUCAGAAAUUCUCAAUCAGGGCUGUAAGAAUCUUCAAACUUUCCCCUAGCUUUUUAGAAAAGCCAACGUAGACAAACAAGCUUUAGAAGAAGGGAUGUGUUACACCAUUGGCACAAAGAACUGCUUCUUCAUCAUCAGAUAAAUAUUACUACUCCACUGAAUCAGUGAAAAAUUCUGUUCAUGUUUUUAAUCAGAGUCGCCUGUUGUACUCAGAGGUACCGCUCACCUGCAGUACAUCGCUGUGAGUAAUCUACGCUCCUCACCUGGUCCAAUAAAAGGAAAAGCUUUGUUUUUGUUUCUGAACAUACUUACCUAGACCUGUUUGUUUGCAAUAGAACUGGAACAAAAACUAAGAAUCCCACAUUCUUUCAAACCACCUUCAAGGAGGAUUCUACGUAAUAGACAAAAGGAAUGGAAAGAAGGGUUUGUUUGUUUUUUAAUAUGGUUGUUAAAUGCCUAAAAGAAGCUUAAGAUAUUCUUAAA